AUGCAAAUAUCAUCUGCAGUGGAACCGGGCGUUGUCCCGACCUCGCUGCUGCUACUGGGUUCGGGCGGCGGUGGUUGGGAAGUCCCCCGUGAAGAAUUUGUCUCGGCUGUUACUUCAAAACGCCUUCCACAAAAGCGAGAUGGGCGGUUUGGAGGUCUUAGCCUGAGUGUGGCAUUCCUCACAGCCGUUACUACUGCUGCAGCAGUGUACUUGGUACUCCGCUGCGCUUUGUAUUUGACCAACGUCAACAAGAGCAGAGCGUCACUGAGAUUUCUGGCAGGAUCAGAAGAGGCAACAAAUAGGGAUCCGGGAUAUUCUUGCAGGGCCCCAAAGGAGGACCGGCCUGCUGCAGCUGCUGCUGCUUCUUCGGUUGAUGAGUCUGGACCUCUUGAUGAGCAGGAUUUGUUGGCGCGGGCUCGUCGUUAUACAGUUGAAUUGGCGCUACUUGUAAAGACCAGCGAGCCUCUGGUGAGGCAGUUAAGCUUCGAUCUGAGAUUCAAGUGCAUUAAAACGCUUUUGUGUUUGUCUUUAGUGGAGACCUCAGCAUUAUUCUCUCUGUUAGAAAGAAGAGAAAGGAGUGGCAUGGACGCAGAUAUAUAUGCAAUUUACAGACGAAUACGGACCCUUCGCGAUACUUUAACUAAAGACAAAAUUGGCAGGGCACGAGAACGGCACAUCAAUCAUCUUCACAAAUUCCUCGGCAGGGUCCAAGAAAUAGAACCCGCUGCAUCGUCCCUCGCGACCAGGCAGCGACUGUCGAGAAUUGAACAACUGCUACAGCUGCAGGAGAUUGCCUUGACACAGGUCAACAUCGGGCUCUUUUGGUUGAGGGGGAGUCUUGAAAGCUCUAGAGACGUCGGAGCUGCUGAUGCAGCUGUUGAAGUUACUACUACGCAUACUAAGGGUGGUGCUGCGACUUCCGCAGAAGAUCAAACGGCCACAGCAGCUACACCUUCUUCAGUUAUUGCGGCUAUCGCGACAACCGUGUACACACGCAGGGAGCAUGUUCUUAAUGAUCCACUCUUGAGCCGGUGGUUGCGAGGCGUGCAACCGCGGCACUACGGGCUCCUUAACCGCACACGUAUGGAUGAGAUAGCCCAAAGACCCCUCCUAAGCCAUCCCGAACUCGUGGACGGCAUGUUGGCCACUCCGCUAGGGUUGGGAUAUCUACCGUGCGAGUACAUUAGCGCCGAAGAGAUCGACCCACAGCAGGAAACGGCCUCGUCCUCUGUCCGCGAGGCGGCUUCGCGAAGAGAUGGGGUGUCUCCUCAGGAUGACCUUAGUCUUCGUGCCGGAGUGUCGUCGAAACAUCCACAACAACACUCAGGGAAGCGUGCCGGCGCUGUGGUUUCAACUCCUGGUUCUGCGUCCCCCAGCAUCUCCACUGCUGGUGUUGGUGCUCCCGCAGCUCAGAGUCAGCAACGGCUUUUACGAGCCCGCAAUCAGGGCAAUCCAGUAUUUCGCCAUAAAGCGCCAACUGCACCUCAACAGGUCUCGUGGCCUGCUGCUCCGGGGCGUCUCCAAGGCUCUGCAGUGUCUGCUGCUCCCGAACCUGCUGCUGUCCCAUCAGCACCCACUCGCGCACAACAAGUCACGUGGGCCUCUAAGGUAUCGGAUGCCACGUCUGCCGAGAAGACUCUACGAACUCCUCCGUCCCCUGAACUCCUACCAAAGCCCUCGCCCACUUUCUUCCGAGCAGCUGUUUCCUCUGCUGCUGCUUACGCCCCUGAAGCCUUAACGUUGCGGCCGCCCGCUGCUGCUACUCAGGCGCCAGUCUCCUCCGCUCCUCAUUCUGCAUCGGUCGCAACACCAGUAAAACCUGGACUGUUGCCUGCCCCUGCAACCGCGCGUUUGCCUGCACCAGCAUCUCGCUCCCCGAAAGCUGGAAUUGACCGUAAAGCAAGCUCAUCCAGGCAUCGCCGUGGGCCCCCUUCUCCGUCCGGUCCCCAGCUGCAUAAAUUUUCUAGCCGUUCGCCCGCCUCUGCUGGGGGUACUGGAGCUUGGCCAUUGCAGACUAGAGGAGGAGCUGAAGGCAGCUUUCCAGGGACAGGGAAAUUUGUGUGGACUUCUUCGGCCUCGCUGUUGCAGCGACCGACAUCGCAGCCUUUGCCUCCCUCUCCCUGGAUACCGGCGAAAUAUCGUUCAGCCUUAGGAAUCGCAAAUCCAGAAGGUUCGCAGGACAUUGACACUUGGCCGUUUUCGUUCGUUCAGCCUUAG